UCUCACGAAAGAAGAGGACGACUGCUUCUUCUCCCGACGUUUUUGCGGGGGGAGAGACUUCGAUUGCCCGGAGGGUUUGCAUCGAUUUAUCGGAUCCCAAAAAUACGUUCUCAGCAUUCAGGAAUCACUCAACGGGAAACGUUGAAUCGAUCACGGCAAUUCGGGAUGCGAGGCUGACAUGGCGGAGGGCUCGGCCGAAGAGGAACAGAGCAGCACAGCGGCACCUGCUUCGCCCCCAGCUGACCUCCGGACCCUGAACACCCAGCUCUCGCCCCCCUACUCGCACCACCGUCUUCAGCACCACCUCCAGCAUCGGCAGCAUCGCAACAUGCUGGCGACCGCCGCCCCACCGCGGCACAGUCACACCCUCAUGUCCCACCAGAUCAAGACGGAAGCAGACCUGGACCCACCCUGCGACGUCCCGCUAAACCUGAAGAGCGAGGACAGCGACAGAAGCAGCACAGGAAGCCCUGAGCCGGGAUCCGGAGCCGCUCUUCACGAGCACCAUAUGCUUAUGGGGGGUCUGAGGAGUUCGCCCCAAAGAGAACCCAACACACCUCCGGACACCGUAGACCACGCCAAAGCGGCCGCUCAGGCGCAAGCACAUUUAAAUGGAACAAUGGCCGGGAUGGUGACCCUUCAGAACCUGCAAAAUUGGGCAAAUCUUCAAAACCUCCCCCAGGUCGCGUCGCUGGCAGCUGGUCUCCAAGGAAUGACCGCUGGCUUGACAAACAAUCAGCUAAUCAACGCGCCGCUCAACCUUACCGUCAGUUCGUCGGCUGGUACGAUACCAACGUCGUCGAACACGGCAACCACUUCGCACCUUUUACCCCAAAGCUCUGUGACCGUGGCAACGCUGCCUCAACUCCUGUCACAACCACAGCCGGUAGCUAUGCCUCAAUUCGUCCUGACCUCCGGACAACUCGUCCAGGGCAUCCAAGGGGCACGAUUGCUGAUACCGACCUCGCAAGGAUUUGAAACCCAGACGAUUCUGACAAUACCCGUGAGCCACGUGACGAACAACCAGAUGGUCAACCUCGCCCUCAGCAACGGACAAGUGGUCUCGACGACGCUGGCCAAUCUGCAAUCGAUAGCCCAACCCCAGAGCAUUAUGAACACCCCAUCGAGCAACGUACCGACUAGUCCGAGCCUCGCUUCCGGCCUCGGAAUCAAUCCCGCCGCCCUGCCCCACCUUCUUGGCAAUAGUUCGGCCAGCCAGCAACUUCUCAACGCCAUGCAACCCCAGCAAAUUCUUCAGGCUGCUCAGGCUGCCCAGGUAGCUCAAGCCGCUCAAGCUGCUCAAGUCGCUCAGGCCGCUCAGGCGGCUCAAGCUGCUCAGGCUGUUCAAGCGGCUCAAGCCUCCCAACAAACUCUGCUCACCACCUCGCCCCAGCAGCACGGGAACCGGCACAGUUCACACUCGAAUCAUUACCCGCCUCAAGAAAAACACCACAGAGAAAGACCAGAACAAUCAUCGCCGCUUAACGGAUCGGUUGGAUCCGCAGCAUCGGCCUUAAAUCGACUCGCCGCCAGCAACGGCGAGAUCACGAUCACGACGACGCAUGGACCCAGCGGCGGGGUCAAGCGUCAAGCCUCGCCGAGCAGCUUGCACAGCCCCCGGGACGAAGAUGACGACCUUCUGAGUGACUCGCCGAAUCAGCCAACCAUCAACGAAGCAACGAAUAACGUCGUGGACGGAAUUAAUUUGGACGAGAUCAAGGAGUUUGCGAAGGCUUUCAAACUGCGGAGACUUUCGUUGGGGUUAACACAAACGCAAGUGGGACAAGCGCUAAGCAUCACCGAGGGACCGGCUUAUAGCCAAAGCGCCAUUUGUAGUGCCCUGGCUACCCAGAUGUACGCUGCCUCGCAGAUUGCCUCUCAGCAGAAAGUUAUGUUUGAAAAACUAGACAUCACGCCAAAGAGUGCGCAGAAGAUAAAGCCGGUAUUGAAAAUGUGGAUGCAAGAGGCCGAGGAGAGUGCAAAUGAUUACAGGUACAAAAGCGGAGCUAAUCAUCUGACGGACUUUAUCGGUGUUGAACCGAGCAAGAAACGGAAACGAAGGACUUCGUUCACCCCGCAGGCAUUGGAACUGUUGAACGCACAUUUUGAGAGGAACACUCAUCCAUCCGGUACCGAUAUCACAGCGUUGGCUCACCAGCUAGGAUACGAGAGAGAAGUAAUUCGAAUUUGGUUUUGCAAUAAACGACAAGCCCUGAAGAACACCGUCAGAAUGAUGUCGUCCAAGGGAGUCGUCUAAGCGACCUUUUUUCGCUCUAACAAUAAAUUCCUCUCAUUUGGUUGGCGGACUGAAAAAUGUUAUGCGACGAGUGCGUGAGGCUACUUAGUACGAUUAAGUGCACACUUACGUACGUAAUACUGGGAAACGGGUGGGGAAAAAAACUCUAAUGCUAUAAAACAUACUUUAUACAUGCAUGUAGGUGAAUGAUAAACUGAAAUCAAAUUGCCUAACAUUUUUUAUUUGAAAAUCUUAUACACCGUUCGUGACAUAUAAACGCAACAAUAUAUAGUGAAAGUUGGAACUUUGUUUCAUGUUUACUUUUUUCUCGAAUAAAUAUCAAAAUAAGUGGAAUACAAUUACGCGUCUCGGAGAAUGGAUUUAUCGCACCAAUUUCAACAUCGUUCUAACGUGCGGUGUAACAAUCCGUGAAUGAAAUACAACAUAAACCGUACUUUCCGAAGAUAAAUACAUUAAUAAUGUUAUUCGUAAUGAUAAUGAUAGUAAUAAUUGAAAAAAAAACGCUCGUCACACAUAAUGGAUAAAUAAUAAUAAUAACAAUUACAAUAACGAUAGCUACGGUAAAUUGAAAUGUGACAAGUAAUACGUACACAUGUAAUGCAUAUAUAUAUAUGAUACUAAAGAGAAAGUAUUGUGAUCGUACCUAUAAUUAAUACACCGCGUAAAGAAAGUGAAAAUGUGAACCAACGCAACAGACGUUGAGAAAGUUGUGUGAGUGCGUAAGUAUGCGUGUGUCUAGACUUUACCCGGAAGAACGGGAACGAAAUAGAGUUGCGAUAUUCCCGCGGGAUCUGCUGCGAUAAGGCGAAGACGACUGGAAGUUGAACCAAAAUAGUAAUACGUCCAAAUACGAAUGAAUAAAUUGAUCAGAGUACAAGUUUUACUCUCUAGAAACUUUUCGUCUGCGUACGUAACCAUAAUAUAGGUAUUUAAUAACGAAAAUGCAUAUUUAAAAUGAAUAAAUGACAAAUGGAUAAAUAAAAUACCUACAGCAAUCAUACAUAUAGUAAACGAAUCGCAAUAAUGUCUUUGAAAGUGCACGAAGUACGCGUAUACAUGCAUGCAAGGUUCUUCUCAAUACCCUAAAACGUAUCGUAUCGAUCGGUUGUAUUUAUGACUUAAAAGUAUCGAACAAAAAAUUUCCGCUUUUCAUUUUGAUUUGCUUUGUUUUUUUUUCUCUUUUUUUUUCACGUAACGCUAGUCCGCAUCUUUUUUGCCAUACAUAUAGAAAGUGUAGAUUUUAAAUUCACAACCUCGUCUCAUGUCUUCAGGUUUAAUGAUCGCGUUUUCUCAGUCAUACUGAAACUCCUUUUCCGGGGCUUCAUCGAGAAUCUUUUUCAUUCAUAAAUAUCGACAAAUUAUUUUUCGUCCCCACUGCCAAACCACUCUAUGUUGUAUGCGGAAAAUCCAGCAUUCUUGGAAAACUUUUCUCUUAUGUAAUCCCGGUCCAUAUUCAAUCUGAGAUUUAAGCAAUAAAACGACGUGCAAACGACCCAUUGUACGUAUCAAUAUGAGCCAAAUCAAUUGUUUGUUCGUGAAUGCAGUGAUGGUGAAAUAUAAUAAUAGGAUAUAUACUUGGUAUGUAUCACAACGGUACUUGAAAUCUCGCGUUUCGAAGCCCCUGGUGAAAUGGAUCUCAUUCUCAAAUGAUUGCAAGUUCGGUAUAUGUGCAUAGGGUAUGAUACAUAUACGAAUAUGAAUAUAUAUCUUUAUAAAUAUAUAAAUAAAUAUGGAUUUAUAAUAAGUAUGUAUAAAAGUAUUCUAAUUUAGAUAUUAGGGGCUAAUUCAUACCCAUACGUUAAACUGUUAAGCCAUUAAUAAAUAUUAUUAUAAUGAUCUUUGAGUCCGCAAGGAUAGCCUGUAAAUAAAAUCGUAUAAAUAACAAAAUACAAAAAUAUACUUUUAAUGUUGCGGCUAUGAAAUAGCUAGACUCAUGGAAAGAAAAUUUACAUGGUUAAAAUAAAUUGACUAAAAACAAAAAAAUAUUUAAGUAAAUUUACUUUAGGCAAAAAAAAAACAAAUGAAGAGCAAAGUAAUUUUAUUCCUAAAAAAUUGUAUGAUAAAAUUCAAAAUUCAAAAUUUUGAUUGUGAAAAUAAUUGAAUCGUGCGUGUUGUCCUUUUGAUAAAGAUGAAAAAAAAACGUUUGUACAGAGAUAUUCCGGUUAUUAAAUUUUGUUAUAAAAAGAAAUGAAUAAAUUGUAGAAAUCAUGUGUAUUUUCUUCGUGAAAAAAAUGAUAUAUGUACAAUAUAUAUAUAUCAUAGACAUACAUACGAACACCUAUAUAUAGGGUAUACAUGUAUAUAUAUAUAAUUGAUAGGUCAUUAAAUAUUAGUAUCGAGAAUGUGAAUUGUAUUCGUGAGUGUCAUAUUUCUAAGGAAGAUAGAUCCACGGGCAAAUGUUUUGUGGCAGUUUUCAGAAAAAAUAAUCUAACGCAAUUUGAUAAUAUUGCGGGAACAAGUAAUUCUUGCGUAGCCCCACAACAAUGGGAAAAAAAACACUUGGCAUUAGUCUUGAAAAUCGAAAAAUAUAAGAAUAUUUGAAAGAAAUUUAUCGAACCAUAGAUAGGAAUCAAAGUAUUGCCGCAUGUAAAUAAUCAUUCGAAGAAAACUGCCUCCAAAACAUUGCCCAGCGAAACCAAAGUUCCUACUACGUUUUAUAAAUAAACUGGACUGCAAAUCUUGGAAUGUAAAUACGGAAUGCAAAUUAAGCUAAUCAAUCACAAUACAACUGGCAAUUCAUUAAAGUUAAGACUAUAUUGAGACUGGUACGAAGUCAACUAAUUCUAUUUCCAGAUGUACAGAUAUUAAUUGAACGAAUGUCGGUAGGACUUGAUUGAAUAUAUCCUGUAACUACGCGAUUGGAUGUCUUUUCCGUUAUAAUUACAGUUCUAACGAAAGGAGAGUUGACUGAUUGUCAGUGCUGGGAAUUUGAACAAAACAUUUAUCUUGAGUACUAUAGUAUACAGCUUGCCGAAUAAAUAUUUAGUAGUAACAAAUCAGUAUUUCCACAUGUAUGUUACUCGAAUUGGUUGACUCCCUGACCGCACUAAACACAGUCGACAACUAAGCACAUAAGUAUACAAUUAGGAUAAACACUGUAACUUUAGAAUCAAUGUUAGCUCGUGUAUUACUAAUUUAA